AGUUGUGGGACUCCAACUUUCAGAACAAUCAAUCUCCCUUAAGAGAGAGUGGGAGAAAGGCUGGAGUGGAUGGCAUAGGACCUGGAUACUCACAAUUUGCCACAUUGAAAAGCACCAGACUUUGGGGAUAAUCCUGUGGAAAGUUUGAGAGCUGGAAUACAACCAACUUGAGGUUUUGACAUCUGACAACUUUAGAAGGGAGCUGCUGUGAGAAAAGAACAGACACACAGGCCAGUCCAGAUGGCAGGGGCUUGGGGGUCAGCCUGCACUGGACUCUGCCUCUAGCAGCCCACUGGGCCCUCACUUCAACUCUGAACAUUUCACAGGACGAGUGCCCAUGAGGUCGUUGACGCUGGUCCUGCUCAUCCUAAUCAGCAUUCAGGCUGCACUCGUUAUGGGAGGCCACACCCAGGCACAGGCGUCAACCAAUCAGCACGCAGCAACACAACACUCACCCAGGCUUUACAGCCAAUUAAAAGAGGACUUGCAUUAUGAUAAAUUAAUUCCCACCCUAGACCCCAAACUCUUCAACAAGCGCCGCUACCGCUCACCUCGUGUAGCGUUUAGUGAUGUGAUCGCUACUGAAAAAGAAAUGGUAACCCCCAGGCGUCCACGCAUCCGACGAAAGGCAAACGACUUCCUGCAUCGUGGUGAGUACUCGGUGUGUGACAGCGAAGAGCACUGGGUUGGCAACUUGACCCAUGCCACUGACUUAGGGGGCAAUGAAGUCAUGGUACUACCACACGUUCGCAUCAAUAACGUUGUAAAGAAGCAGCUCUUCUACGAGACCACGUGUCGUGUCAAGAAACCUAUCGGCAACCCUAAGCCAGGUCAAGGAGCAAAUGGUGUUAAAGCAGGAACCUCUAGCUGUCGUGGCAUUGACAGCAAGCACUGGAACUCUUAUUGCACCAACACACACACCUAUGUGCGGGCACUAACAUCCUACAAAAACCAGAUCGCCUGGAGGUUCAUCCGAAUCAAUGCUGCAUGCGUCUGUGUGCUCAGCCGUAACUCCUGGAGGCAUGGACUGACGUAUUGACUGUUAUCUCAGCAAUCCAAUGCAGCCUCCUGUUAUAAGCCCCUCUCACCCAUCAUUAUUAUCAUCUGUACUGCCAAUGCAACUAGUCCCCACCCCUUUCCUGUACUCUUUAUGACAUCGCAACCUAAAACCUUCCUACCCUACCUCACUUUGUAAAUUAUUGGUCAUUUUAAGUUAUGAGGACUGCAUGACAUAUUUAUAUAGUUUAUAUAAUCAGAAUAUAAAUAAU